AUGCUUAGGCUUGCGAUAAUUUCGGUUGUUUUGACGGGCGCUCUCGCCCACGACUAUUACAGGGACCGUAUUCCAAACGGAUACAGCGUGCCUAACCCGUGUGGGGGCGGUACCUGGGCGCCUGUUGGACAUUUUGACCCUUCCCAUCAUACCAUUCAGAAGAAUCAAUUCGGACUUGACUUUGCCAACGCUGGACACCAAUGGACGGCCGCCCUGUGCAAGAUGGACAGUGAUGGAGAUGGAAUGAGCAAUGGUCAAGAGCUGGGGGACCCUAACUGUGUAUGGACAGCUGGUGCAGCGCCUUCCGGGGCCGCUACUGGACACCCGGGAAUCUGUAAUCCUGUCACGGCAUGCGGAACGUACACUUGCGGAUGCCAUGGCCACAACUGUGUCGGGAAAUAA